AUGUACUCAAAUUGUGGAAGUGCUGAGGAUGCGAAAGUUUCGUUCGAUGAGGUCGUGGAGAAGGAUCUUUACUCGUGGACCUCGAUUAUCGUUAACUAUGCAAGGCUCGGGAGGUUUUGUGAAUGUUUCGAAAUGUUUACGGAAAUGCAGGCUGAUGGGGUCCACCCGGACGGGAUGGUAAUUGGAUGUCUGAUCUCUCGUUUCGCCAAUUCGAUGAAUGUCGGUGAAGGGAAAGCGCUUCACAGGUAUAUCUUGAGGAGAAAAUACGGUUUUAAUCAGAAUGUUAAUAGUUUGCUGAUUUCUAUGUAUUGUAAGUUUGGCCUCGUGAAUAUUGCGGGGAAGAUCCUUUUUGCUGGUGGGGAUGAUCGAGAAGAAUCUUGGAAUAUCAUGUUCCGAGGAAUAGAAUCCAAUUCGAGCAGCUUAAUGUCGGUUAUUUUGUCCUGUUCGAGAUUGGGAGUAAUUCAUUUCGGUCAAUCUCUGCAUUGUCGUAUCGUAAAGCAGCAGCGUUCGUUUGAGAACGUCUCGGUUGUAAAUUCACUCAUCAACAUGUACGGUCGAUGUGCGAAUUUGAAUAAGGCACAAAAGCUCUUUGAUCAAAUCGAUCCAAAAGACAUUUCUGCAUGGAACUCCCUUAUCUCAGCUUACGCCGGGAACGGGAAAUUUUUCGAAGCUAUCACUUUUUUCGACAAAAUGAUUUCACAAGGAUCAAAGCCUAAUGUAGUGACAAUCGUAACCUUGUUAUCCACGUAUGCUCGGUUUGCAUCUGUUGAGAAUGGGAGAAAAAUACGCGAAUACAUCAAACAAACGGGAUUAUUAUUCACUCACGAAGUUUUGCUGGCUACAGCUAUAGUCGACAUGUACGCGAAAUGCGGCGAAAUCGACAUGGCGAGAGAAAUUUUUGAUUCGAUGGCCGAAAAAGACGCCGUGUCUUGGAACGUGAUGAGGCCGAGUCUCUCAUUUUGUCGAUGCCUUCACAUCCCGAUGGUGGAAUUUGGGGCUCUUUGUUAA